AUGAAUAAUUUUAUUAAACGAUCGAUCAGUAUUCAAAACAAGGAAUGGAAUUUAGUUACUCAAAUGAAGUUAAUGAAUAACAAUAAGCAAUUUAAGAAAGCACUUCGAUUAUUCGAUGAACAGACGAGUGAUGACAAGAAUAUGAAGAAAAUAUCCAGUUUAGUCUUUACACAAGUUUUGAAAUCAUGUGCUGGAUUACCGGAUUUUCAGCGUGGAAUAACGAUUCAUCGUAUUGUUUCAAAUCGAUUGGACAAAGAUUCGUAUUUGUUAACAUCUCUAAUACACUUCUACAUGCAAUGUAAUCAAGUAACGAAAGCUGAAGAGUUAUUUCGAAUGUCAAAGGAGAAGACUUUACCCAUGUUCGGUUCCCUUAUGAAGGGUUAUCUCACAAAUCAUCAAGCAAGUAAAGUUAUUGAAUUAUAUGAUCAAAUUGAACAUCCUGAUGAAACAAUAUAUGUUCUCGCAUUGAAUGCAUGCGCUCAGCUAAAAACCGAGCAAGCAUUAGCACUAACAAAACGAAUUUUUCACAAUAUUCAAGAUAAACUUCAAUCAAGUUCUUAUCUUUCAACAUCGUUGCUGGAUGCAUUAGCCAAGUGUGGCGAUAUAGCAGAAGCAGAAAGAUUAUUUCAGUCAUUAGAAAAGAAGAUCUUACCGAUGUAUGGUGCCUUGAUGAAAGGAUAUAUCGAGAAUCAAAUGGAACAAAAAGCUGUUGAACUUUUCAAAGAGAUCGACAACCCAAGUGACAGCGUUUUGAAUCUGUUCUUUAACGCAUGUGCUCAAUUGAAGACGGACGAAGUGUUGACUGUGAUUAAGAAAUAUUUGAAAGAGAAUUCAAAAUUACUCAGUUCAGAUUUUCGUGUUUUAACAUCAUUGCUGGAUGCAUUGGUUAAAUGUAGAGAUCUAAAUUAUGCGGAGAAUUUAUUUAAUCGGUUAUCAAAGAAAACUUCAUCAAUGUAUAAAGUUAUGAUUAAUGCGUAUCUAAAAGAGAAUGACUCGUUUAAAAUAUUAAAUUUAUUUUCUGAUAUGAAAUUGAAUCAUAUUGAAAUUGAUCAUAUCAUUUGGACUUCUAUCGUAAGCGGUGUAGCUCAUAUUGGCGAUUCUGAAUUGUCCCAAUCAAUUGCUGCACAAAUCCCUGAAUCUUGCUUGAUUGAUGGUCAAAUACAUAAUACAUUGAUUCAUAUGUGGGGAAAGAGUGGUUGUGUUGAGCAAGCAGAGGAAAUUUUCAAAAAACUUUCUCAACCAAGUACUAUUGGAUAUGCAGCAAUGAUUAAUGCUUAUGGUUUAAAUGGAAAAGGUUCACAAGCAAUUGAACUCUAUGAACAAAUUCCUGAUAGAUUCAUCAACGAAGUCACUUAUAUUUGUAUUUUGAAUGCAUGCUCGCAUAGUGGACUUGUUGAUAAAGCUGUCUCGAUUUUUGAGAAAAUUGAAAUGAAAACCGAGAGAAUAUAUACGGUUAUGAUUGAUUGUCUAAGUCGAUCGUUUUUUCACAUGGAAGCUCAACAAUUAAUCAAUGAAUAUGAAUCGUCUAAUUUACCUUCGGCACCUAUGUAUUUGGCAUUGUUGUCGGGUGUUCGAAACGCAAAAAAUCAUCAUUUAUCGCAAGAAAUUUUCAAUCGUAUGAGAAAGAUUUUCCCUCAAUUAUCAGAUCCGAUAACAUCAGCUGCGAUUCUUCUUGCUAACGUUUAUGGAUCCGUUGGUGAUUUCGAGAAAGUAUCAGACAUUAGAGAUGAGCUAAAUCGAUCCGGUAUGAAGAAAAAAAUUGGUCUCACAUGGACUGUCAUCGAUGGAAAUAUUUACAAAUUUCGAGCACAUGAUCAAUCUCAUCAUCGAUCUAGAGAAAUUUAUAAUGAAAUUGAAAAUAUCUCAAAUGAACUUGUACAACACGGGCACCAGUACAAUGCUAGUUGGAUCACACGACCAAUUAAUCAAGAUGAAACAGUUGCAUCAGUACUUUGCGGACAUAGCGAGAGACUUGCAAUCGCUUGGAACUUUGUUUUAAAACCAAAUACGUCGCGUAUUCAAUUAACGGAAAAUCUGCGCAUAUGUGGAGAUUGUCACAACGCAAUAAAACUCAUUGCUAAGAUUCGUCAAUGCGAAAUUGUUGCGCGUGAUACAAAUAGAAUUCAUCAUUUUUUCAAAAAUGGCCAAUGCUCAUGCAGUGACUUCUUCUGA